CCGAUUAUAGCGUGUGCAGAUACCUCAGAGGCUCACACCUCAGCCAGCAGGAGCUGCUGCCCUUUUCCACUGUGGCCCCCAGCCCCACGGACAACAAGAUGCACUCCUCUUUUACUUUUCCGCUCCUCUAAGUCGCCGUCACCAACCCCAAGCCCAGCCCCCGCCUCCGAUAAAACCCCACACAACUCAUACGCAAUAGUAACCAUUUCUUCAGUAUCUUGUCCCCAUUGCCGAUGGGUGCGUUGGUUCGUCUAGCCUUCGUCCGGAGUACAUCUUACCACAAAUAAAGCAGGCUAGUAGGGAAACCGUAUCGAAUAAUAUUCCGGUGAUGCUCAGUGCACUAUGUGCUCGCCCUAAAUCUUGGCUAUUCACUACUUUAUUCUUGUCUCAUGCCCACAGCUCGGCAGCGGCUCUUGUUCACAAUCGGCUCAUUGGCAGCCCUCUUUUGAAAUCCGUAGUGGUUGCCAACGCCGAUCAAAGGAGACACCACUCCAGUAGUUGUCGUCUCGUCGACACCUCCGCUCAGGGUGGCGCUGCGUCUAUAUGGCAUGCAAUCCUUCCCGCCGGUGACGGGGAUUUGGAUCUCCACCGAACCAAGAGGAAUGUGUUCGUCCACCACCACGAUGAAUUGAUGAAUAAAGGUGAAGGCUCGUGGAAUGUGGCUUGGGAUGCCAGGCCGGCGCGCUGGCUUCACAAUCGUGAUUCUGCGUGGUUAUUGUUUGGAGUUUGCGCUUGCUUAGCCGCGCCCCCAUUGCCGCUGUUAGCGGAUUCAUCUGAGUUCGUCGAUGGGGAAACGGAUGAAUUCAGACAUGAAGCAGCAGCAAUGACCGUUGUAGAAAAUCGAAAGUGUGCCAACUUUAGAGUUACAGGGGUGCCAGCAGAUGGGAGAUGUCUGUUUAGAGCAAUAGCUCACGUGGCAUGGUUGAGAAAAGGGGAGAGUGUUCCUGAUGAAAACCGCCAAAGGGAACUCGCUGAUGAAUUAAGAGCUCUGGUUGUUGAGGAGUUGUUAAAGAGGCGAAAAGAUGCAGAAUGGUUUAUUGAAGGAGAUUUUGAUGCAUAUGUGGAAAGAAUUGAAAAACCUUAUGUAUGGGGCGGGGAACCAGAAUUGCUAAUGGCUUCUCAUGUUCUCAAGGCGCCAAUUUCUGUGUUUAUGAUUGAUAGAAGCUCUGGUAAUUUAAUAAAUAUAGCAAAGUAUGGUGAAGAGUAUAAGAAAGAUGAAGAGAGUCCAAUUAACAUUCUAUUUCAUGGAUAUGGACAUUAUGACAUAGUGGAUGUUGUCUCUGAAGGUUACCAGAAAGUAGAAGGAGGAUAUCAGAGAGUAGAAGCAGCCUAGAAGCUUGACAUAAAACAUACAAUAAAGUCUUUCACAUAUUUAUCAAGAAUAAAGAAUAUAUUUCCCGCAAGUGUUCCAAAAAUUCUUUCGGGAUACAAGGAAAAGAUGCUUCUAUCCAUCUCCUACCCAUCUCUUCAAGCCCAUGCUGAAAUGACUUUAUUCAAGCAUUAGAAUUAUUUUCAAUUUUGUAGAUUCUGUAGUCUAUUUGUUUUCUCUUACUUUCAAUUGUUAUUGAGCAAACGUUAACAAUUUCCGAGUGCAACUGUCUGAGCAAACAUGGAAUGCUAUCUACUUAAACAUGUGGGAAUUUUGAAGUUA